GAUCCGGCCUUUGUUGGCAGCGCGGGUGGCCUGCGCUGAAGUCGUUAGCGUCGCUGUGCCCCGGGUUCGGUCUUACUGAGCCCUGCACCUUCCCCGGGAGUCGUCGGUCGGACGCCGGGAGACACGGGAGAGCUAGCAAUGGACGCGGUGGCCUUGGACGAUGUGACCGUGAAGUUCACCGUGGAGGAGUGGGCCCUCCUGGACCCGGCCCAGAAGAAGCUCUACAGAGACGUGAUGCAGGAAACCUUCCGGAACCUGGCCUCGAUAGUGUGUAUUUCAGAAGAAAAAUGGGAAGUCUGUGUCAGUGAAGAUUGGGAUAAGAAUCACGGGACACAUUUAAUCAGUCAAAUGGGAGAGAGACUCUGUAAAAGUAAAGAAUGUCGCCAGUAUGAAGGCAUCUUCGACCAGAAUUCAAAUCAUAAUCAGAAGAAAACUCCUACAUCGAUAAAAUUAUGUAACUGCACUCUUUGUGGACCGGCGUCGACGCAUCGUUCAUCCUGUCACAAGCACAUGAGGUCUCACACUGGUCACAGACCAUAUGAGUAUCAAGACCGUGGAGAGAAACCCUGUAAGUGUCAGCAUUGUGGGAAGCCCUUUGAGCAUCGCCAGUCCAUUCGGAUGCAUGAAAGGUCACACGCUGGACAGAGACCCUAUGAAUGUCAGCGCUGUGGGAAAGCUUUCAUUUGUCGCAAUUACUUUCAAAUUCACGAAAGGGCACACAGUGGAGAAAAGCCCUACAAAUGUACAAAAUGCAGUAAAACCUUUAGUUACUCAGGUAACUUACGUAAACACGAAAGGACUCAUGUUGGAGAGAAAGCUAGUGAAUGUGAGCAGUGCGGGAAAGCUUUCGGUUGUGUCAGGCCCUUCCGAAUACACGAGAGGACACACCGUGCGAAAAAGCCCGCGGGAUGUACAAAAUGUGGGAAAGCCUUCAGCUAUUCAAGUAAUUUACAUAAACAUGAGAGAAGUCAUAACGGGGAGAAACGCUACGAAGGUAAAGAAGGCAGCAAAACCUUGCAUUCUUCCCCCAAAUUUCAACGACCCAUGAGCAGGCACAAUGGAGAUGGACUUUAUCAAUGUAAGGAGUGCGGGAAAGCCUUCAGGUGUCCCAAAAACUGUCGAAGUCACGAAAUGACUCACAGUGGAGUGAAGCCGUAUGAAUGUCAGGAGUGUGGGAAAGCUUUCAGUUCUCCCAGGUCCCUUGGAAAACACAGAAGAAUUCACACUGCGAGGAAGCCUCACGAAUGUAAGGAAUGUGGCAAAGCGUUUCGUUAUCCCAGUUCCCUUCGAAAUCACGAAAGGACUCACACGGGGGAGAAACCUUACAAGUGUAAGGCGUGCGGCAAGGCUUUCAGUUGUCCCAAUUAUUUUCGAAUUCAUGAAAGAACUCACACUGGAGUAAAACCAUAUGAAUGUAAGCAAUGUGGAAGAGCUUUCAGCUGUCUCCAGUCCUUUCGGAUCCACGAAAAGACACACAGUGCAGAAAAGCCCUAUGAGUGUACAAAAUGCGGUAAAGUCUUCAGGUACUCAAGUAACUUACGCAAGCACGAGCGAUCUCACACGAAUGAGAAACGCUAUGAAUGUAAACUAUGUGGGAAGGCCUUCAGCAGUCACUAUUAUGUUCAGAAACAUGAAAGAACUCACACUGGCGAAAAACCCUAUGAAUGUAAGGAAUGUGGGAAAGGCUUCAUUUUUCGCUCAGGUGUUCUGUCACACAUGGUAAUCCACACUGGGGAUGGACCUUAUAAAUGUAAGAAAUGUAAGAAAGCAUUUAUUUCUCCCAGUUCAUUACGAACACAUGAAAGAACUCACACUGGAGAGAAACCUUAUCAAUGUAAAACUUGUAGUAAAGCCUUCAGUCUUAGUAAUUCCUUACGAAAUCAUGAAAGAACUCAUACGUGAGAGAAAGCCUGUGAAAAUAAGGAAUGUGCGAAAACGAAAGGUUCGUUGUAUGAUCUUUCGUGGACUCGUAAGAAGGAACACUGGGAGAGGAACUGUAGAGAUGUACGGAACGUAGGAAAGCCUUCAGCUGUCCUGUUUCCUUGAGACCUUACCAUAAAGGUCACAGUGGCAAGAAUCCUAUCAAUGAUAAACAACGUAGGAACCCUUCGCUUGCCCCACAUCACUAAACAAAUAUAUUAUUCACAGGAUUCAUCCUCUAUAACUAAAAAAUAAAACUUUUAUAAUUUUUGCA